CCGAGGAGAUCGCGCCACGUGUUAGCCGCGCAUUUCGACUCCGAUGCAAGUCUGACUGCGCGCAGUGGGGCUUACUCCGCAGUAAGCGCGUUUAGGAUUGCACCCUUAGUGUAGCUGAUGGUCCUCACAGGCAACCGUAAAGGGUGUUAGUCGGAUCACCCCUUCCCACCGCGCCGAAGCACACACUUCGGACCUAUAUAUACUACAUGGUUUGUUCUAAGGUGGUAGCCGUGCGUCAAACCGUUUCCUUCAGUGCCCUCCCACUGACACUUUGGACGAGUGGGCCGAUCCACGCCGGUUAUGUUCUACCUCCGGUGUUCGAGGCAACAAGCCACUGAAAUACCAAUCGCUGAGGAUCGCAAGUGCGCUUGGGUCGUGCUUGCCAACUUCCCGUAGUAUCUUGUUGCCCACGGGAUUCUCACUAUGGCCAGAGAUGGGGCAGAAACAGAGAAGCUGUUGAAGAAGGUCCAGGAACUGGAAGAGACUGUGGAAAGGCUGCAAGAAAAGCUCUUGGACAGCAAGGCGGCGGCAGGCACAGGAGGUGGCCUCCCAGCAUCGGGAAAGAUUAAAAAACGUCAGCAGCGGCCAUUUGAUUUCAGCGCUUAUGGCCGGAGGCAUGUGGCACUGAAGAUAGCCUACCUGGGCUGGGAAUACCAGGGCUUUGCUAGCCAGGAAAACACCAACAAUACUAUUGAAGAGAAGCUGUUUGAGGCUCUAAGCAAGACCCGGCUGGUGGACAGUAGGCAGACUUCCAACUAUCACCGCUGUGGGCGCACUGACAAGGGAGUCAGCGCUUUUGGGCAGGUGAUCUCCCUGGACCUCCGUUCAAACCUUUCAGAGGACAAAGCAGUAAAUAAACCAGAGGGUACCACAAAGGACGUAGCCACAGAUACUCCAGAGGAGAUUCUGUACACCCACAUCUUGAACCAGGUGCUCCCUCCUGACAUUCGGAUACUGGCUUGGGCCCCAGUAGAUCCCAGCUUCAGUGCUAGAUUUAGUUGCCUCAAAAGGACCUAUCGUUAUUUCUUUCCUCAUGCUGAUCUAGAUGUAGCUCUCAUGAAUACUGCAGCUCAGAAGUUUGUGGGGACCCAUGAUUUUCGUAAUCUAUGCAAGAUGGACGUAGCCAAUGGUGUGACCAACUUUCAACGAACAGUUCUUACUGCAGAGGUAAAGUGUGUGAACAGAGAAGAGGAAAUGGAGCAACACAACCCUUUCCAAAUGUACCAGUUUGAAGUGACAGGCCAAGCAUUCCUCUAUCACCAGGUCCGUUGCAUGAUGGCUAUCCUCUUCCUGAUUGGACAAAGGAUGGAGAAGCCAGAAAUUAUUGAUAAGCUACUGGAUAUAGAGAAUAACCCUAGAAAGCCACAAUACAGUAUGGCAGUGGAAUUUCCCCUAGUUCUGUACGACUGCGAGUUUGAAAAUAUCCAGUGGAUCUACGAUCGGAAAGUCCAGGAGUUUAAUGUCACUCACUUACAGCAGCUUUGGGCCAACCAUGCUGUUAAAACUCAUAUGCUGUACAGCAUGUUACAGGGGCUAGAUUUUGCUGAGAUACCUGCAGAAACAGGUUCAAGCAACAAGGUAACAUUUCUCUGGAGAGAGCUAAAGCCCCCAGUCUACAAACAGAUCAGUGCUUUAAUAGAGGGAGCAAAAGCCCGCAAGUACAAACCACUAAUGGAUCGCCCAAAAUGUGAAGGGUUGGAGUCUCGCAUCAGUCACUUUGUGCGUAGGGGACGCAUUGAACUUCCACACUUGAAAAAAUCAAAACACGCUGAAAUGGAAGCAGAUGAACAGAUGGAAAUUCAGAGCAACCACAGCAAAAGUGCAGAGGCAGGCAACGAAGUCCCAGAACAAGCUGCAAAGAGGGUCUGUAUGAGUUCAAACAAGAUUCCAGAUCAACUCUCUUUCACCAAGCAGAUAGAAGAACCUCUUCUGGAGUAGAAGUAGUCAUCCAAGACUGCAGGGAUAUUCAUUUGAUUUUUUUUAAAAUAAAGAAUACAAGCAUCCCACUAAA